AUGAAGCAAUUCGACGACAACGCCAUUCGUCGGCGCGAGUUGUUCGUUCUGACCAUACCUUCAUUUGGCGUGGACAACGAGAUCCAUGUGAUGAUACGCAGUGCGCCACCGCUUUGGUCAAAGUGGAUGGACGCGGCGGCAGAUUUCAAAGAGAAGAAGAGAUUGGCUCAGAGGAGGAGACUCAAAGGCCUUCCAGAUUGUGGAGCUGUCACCGAGCAACGAUCCAAAGAUAGCACUGUUUGCAGCCAGCCCGGAUCCACCAACACCGCCACAACUGCAUGUUCUUCAGGAGCCUUACUCGCCAGGCCGUCUAUCAUUUUUGACAACCAAGCUACAGGAGGUCUCGAAGGCGAUCUUGUUGGCUUCAGCAUUAUUGCAAAGCCAGGAGGUCUGGACGAAAUAGUUGAGUUAUCAGAGCAAAGUGAGCUCACUGUCGAUUCCACGGACGACGAUUCCAAUGUGGAUGAGCUGGAAGAGAAAGAAGAGGUGGCUGUCACACGUACUUGCGCCAUUGAAGAGGCGUUUGUUGAUGACUUGAAGGACUUGACGGAACGACUGGAUGCAGCCUUUCGAACUGGAAUGUCAAGACUGGAAAGUUUCCUCGACGAGUACGACCUCAAUCCGUUGGUAGUGGAUGAAGAACGUUCCUUCUGCUUUAGCCGCCGCUCUUCGUCAAGUAGCUCUGUUUCUGAUGAUGGCUAUUCAGAAAUCGAGCUCCAGAGGCAGUUCAAGGCGGCAGCAGCGGCGGCAAGCCUCUUUGGAAGUGGAACCGGCAGCUUGGCGACUCCGAACAAGAAAGCCAUCAAGGACGAAGAUGAACUCCCAUUUCGCAACUUCUUUGAGGAGUUCUGGUAUUAUUAUCGCCCGAUCAUCAUUGAUAUUCAAUCAAGGCACACCCUCAGGUUGGAAACGUUCCUGCACUUUCUUCAUCUCCAUUGCGUUGCCUUGCCAAAUGGCUAUCUCCUACCCCACGUCUCUGUUGUGUUGGUUGGUCGAGGAAAAUUUCCAUCGGCAGCCAUUUCGUGA